CGGAGUGAACGAUGGAUCGAUGGAGACGGCGAUUAUCUUCGUAUUUCCUUAGCGUAGAAAUUCGCGAUUUUUAUGCAAGCUGAUUUGGUAGGUUUAGGGCUAGGAUUUUGGUUGCUGUGAUAGAUGGGCGCCGGGGCAUCGAGCAUUUUGGGGACGGAGGGGGACGGAGCGCACGAGACGGGGCUUGGUGACCUUCCGGAGAGCUGUAUUGCAGAGGUGAUGCUCCGCCUCGAUCCGCCAGAGAUUUGCAGGCUGGCGCGUCUAAGCCGGACAUUCAGGGGAGCUGCUUCAGGAGACUUUGUGUGGGAGACGAAGCUUCCGAAAAAUUACACUUAUUUAUUGGAGAAAGCUUUUGGUGUGAAGGGGCGCGAGGUUUUACGGGAUCGAAAGGAGAUCUAUGCAAGGCUCUGCCGCCGGAAUCCCUUUGAUGGGGGAACCAAGGAAUUCUGGCUUGAGAAGUACAAGGGUAGGCUUUGCAUGUCCAUUUCUUCAAAGGUGUUGUUGAUUACUGGAAUGGAUGAUCGAAGAUACUGGAAUUAUAUUCCGAGUAAGGAAUCAAGAUUCCACGUUGUAGCCUAUCUUCAGCAGAUUUGGUGGUUUGAGGUGAAUGGUGAAAUCGAGUUCAACUUCCCACCUGGCAUAUACAGCCUAUACUUUCGCCUUCAUCUGGGACGAGCCACUCGGCGACUUGGUCAUCGGAUUUGCAGUACCGAGCACGUCCAUGGAUGGAACAUCAAACCGGUCCGUUUCCAGUUGUGGACAUCGGAUGGCCAGCACGCCUUGUGUCAUUGCAAUCUUAAUGAACCAGGAUACUGGAUAAGAUACCACGUAGGCGAUUUUAUCGUAGAAAGCGCAGAAGUCGCAACCAAGGUGAAGUUUUCAAUGAAACAAAUUGACUGCACGCACACAAAAGGGGGUCUCUGUGUGGAUUCUGUGUUCAUAUGUCCUAAGGGGUUCAGACAGGGAAAGGUUUUUCCGCCUUCUUAGUUUUGCGGGAUAGCUUAGCCAUAAAAAAAAUAGUAUAACAGGCACAAAUAUAGAAGAUAGGUUUUCUUUUUUCAACUUUCUUUCUCUUUCUCCCAUCUGAGUUGAGUUGUGUGAUGGGAGCUGUCUGUUCUCUUCUAUGAAUUCUGAUUUGGUUGAAAAUGCUCAAGUUGUAGCUUCUAAUGUCUUGGUCGUUCAUGUAUGUUGACAAACUAAUACAUGUUAUUAUUGGAUUGCAGAUAGUUUUUGUUCU